UGCGACUAGAGGCCAGAGCAGCACACCAACGCUGCAGGCUUCCAUUAUACCACGCAACAGUCCGCCAGUCACACUUCUUUUCCUACCUUGUACCCUUCAACUACUUCCAGCACCUUGACGCGACUGCUACACCAGCAAGAUGGCGAACGUAAUAGCAAACUCAGGCCACGAUGAUAUGAUUCAUGAUGCCGUUCUGGAUUACUAUGGCAGGCGGUUAGCAACAUGCUCUUCGGACAAGACAAUCAAGAUCUUCGAGGUUGAGGGAGAAUCCCACAGGCUGGUGGAGACCCUGAAGGGACACGAGGGCGCUGUAUGGUGUGUAGCAUGGGCGCACCCCAAGUACGGCAAUAUUCUCGCAUCUUCGUCCUACGACGGCAAGGUCCUCAUCUGGCGCGAACAAGGCGGCGCCUGGCAAAAGAUCUACGACGUUGCGCUCCACACCGCGUCUGUCAACCACGUCGCCUGGGCACCCCACGAGGCCGGAUGCCUCCUCGCUUGCGCUUCCUCUGACGGCAACGUCUCGGUUCUCGAAUUUAAGGAUAACAACUGGACACACCAGAUCUUCCAGGCUUGCGGCUCGGGUGUAAACAGUGUCUCCUGGGCACCAGCUGUUGCGCCUGGCCAGGUCAUCAGUGCGAGCGGAAACCAGGGCGGCACUGCACGACGAUUUGUCACCGGCGGUAGCGACUGUCAAGUCAAGCUUUGGGAGUUCAGCGCAGAAACAGGAAGCUGGCAAAACACGCAGAUUCUGUCUGGCCACACAGACUGGGUCCGCGAUGUUGCAUGGUCACCCACCGUCCUCUCCAAGUCAUACAUUGCUUCCGCCUCGCAGGACAAGACUGUGCGCAUCUGGACAUCCUCAGACCUGCACGACUGGAAAUCUACCGUCCUCAACGUUGACGCCGCCGCAUGGCGUGUAAGCUGGAGCCUCAGUGGCAAUGUUCUCGCCGUCAGCACUGGUGACAACCGAGUUAGCUUGUGGAAGGAGAGGCUAAGCGGCGGGUGGGAUUGUGUCAAGACGAUCGAGGAGUAGAAGACAUUCGAGGACGAGAUGUUGUGAGCACGCAUAAAAAGCGCGGCGAUAGAAGAGAAUUGGCUGGCACCGCACGAUUGCUGGCAGAUAUCGAGCAGGUCGUCAGGCCUCGAAGGACAGAAUACUACCAACUCGAGGCCCUUCUGCCUCUAACAGUUCAAGGGUUCGAACGGAUAAUCACACCGAUGCCUUUCCAGAAGCAACACACUUUCAGUGAUCCUCGUGCGCCAAUCGCCCCAUGCGGCAAUUCAAGCUCGACACGUGACCGACCAUGAAUACCGCGCAUUUGAAGAGAGUCGUGAACACAGCCUCUAAGAUACUCAAGUACUUCUCAAUACGUGCUAGUCAUAUUCAG